UCCUGUUCGGUUUCAACACAACUUCCGGAUGAUCACAACAUCAGCUGUUGUUGCCAAGAUGGCGCAUAGCCUGGCAGAUUUUCAGGUCCCCUUGGACGCUGAAACGGCUGGGGACUACGGGAAAUGUGCUUUAAGGCGUUGCAGGGGACGGCCCAGGCUUACAGACUCUGACCGAGCCCAGCGACGUCUUGAAUCCCGAAAGAAGUACGAUAUUCGGAGGGUUUACCUGGGAGAGGCGCACAAGCUUUGGAGUGAGCUCCGGAGGCGCACAAGUCUGAGUGAUGCUGGACUUGCAGAGUAUUUAAUUCUGCUCCAUUCCACAUUUGGAGAGAAAUAUCAACAGAAACACUCACGGAAAAACACUGCCUCUGAGAAGUCUGUAAACCAGAGAAAAGUAAAGAAGGAGCGCGACUCAAGCCUCCAUAGCCUGGUGUGUUGGUACCAGGAGCACUUGCGUUCCUGUCCCCAUGAGCCCCACCUCAGAGCCCUGCAGCCCCAGCCUAACUUCUCCACUGCUGCCAUCUGGCAGUGUGAGUCCGACCAUUCAUUUGUGCAACAACUUUUCUCCCCGCUGAGGGAGACGAGUGACUCGGAGGGGCAGGAGAGAGAGCAUGGAGAUGAUUGUGAAAGCGCUGCAAAAAAAGAGUCAUUGGUGCCAAAGAGAUUAGUCAGCCGAGGAAGAAAAACAAACAAAGACCUAGAAGAAAGUAUGGUUGUUUCUGAGGUUCAGCACAUAACCACAAAUGACAUAGAACAGACUGAAGCUCUAACACAUCAUACCAGUGUGGAGACCUCCUCCAGCGACCUCCCUCUGACAGAACCACCAGUGUGGGAGAUGGAGAUGGUACUGGAGCGACCCCAAGGCUCCCCCGAAGCAAUGUUUCACUCCCUCACCUCAGAAGAGGACGCUGAUGAUGUGAGGCAAGGCCGAGAUGAAGGCGCACAUGAGCAACUCGGAGAAGAAGAGCACAUCGGGUGUGGUUAUGAGUGUGUUACUAUGGCAACGUCCUUUGUUGAUAAACUGGGAAAGCCGGAUGAAGACUUGAGUGACUCGGGCCGUCCACCAUCCCGGCCGGAGCUUUUAGCCCCACUUCCCGUGGACGCAGAGGAGCACAGGGGCGAACUUUUUGACCCUCACGCUUUGGAGACGGUGGUGGCAAGUUCUGACAUUCCUAACCAGGAGACGGCUUUAGAAGGCUCACAGCUAAUUAUCAUAACUGGCCCAAGCUACGAGGCUCUUGCAUCAGAGGGCAUUCAGCUCAACAUGGGUGGCGGAAAUGUGGAGGAAGUCACCUGCAGUGUCCUCGCCGGGGUCACCUACAACCAAGCUCGCGAAUCUGCAUCAGAAAUUCCAGCAGCCGGAGAUGAAGUCUCCAUGACAGGAUUGAGUGACAAGCAGCUGCUGCAGCCAACUGUUGACACUUUGGAGCUAGGUAGCGACCGCGAGCUGCAGCGCAGUCUGAGCCGGUCAAAGAGAAACAGGCGAGGCCCAGUUAUUGAGGCUGAUGGGAUGCUAAAGAUGUUCCAUUGUCCAUACGAGGGCUGCAGUCAAGUCUACGUAGCCAUAAGCAGCUUCCAGAAUCAUGUCAACCUAGUUCACAGGAAAGGCAGGACCAAGGUUUGCCCACAUCCAGGCUGUGGAAAGAAAUUCUACCUGUCCAACCACCUGCAUCGCCACAUGAUCAUCCAUUCAGGGGUCCGAGAUUUCAUAUGUGAGACAUGUGGAAAAUCAUUUAAGCGCAAGAACCACCUGGAAGUUCACAGGCGGACUCACACUGGAGAAACACCUUUACAAUGUGAAAUCUGCGGCUAUCAAUGUCGUCAGCGUGCGUCCCUAAACUGGCACAUGAAGAAACACACUCCAGAAGCCCACUACAACUACACGUGCGAGUUCUGCGACAAGCGCUUCGAGAAGCUGGACAGUGUUAAAUUCCACAAGCUGAAGAGCCACCCAGAGAAGCUGUCCUCCUGAGGGGUUCGGGCUGUGGCUGAGAAGGAACUGAGGCACCGGAGGAAGACUCCUGAUGAAUAUGGGUUGUCUUUUUUUUUUUUUCAAAACAACAGCAAAUGUCUGAUUAACUGCUGUGCAGGACAGCCUGUUGCAAUUCAUGGACUUAAAACAAAUCUUUCUUUGACCUUUUACUAAACCUCACAUUAUAAGGUUAAUGAAAAAAAUUACCCUUUCAAUUUUACCAAAGGACAUCUCAUGUUGUGUCCUUAAAUAUUUUUUUAAUUCAACCAUUGUUAUUGUCAUGAGUGAUUGCCAAAUGUUACAAGCGUGCGUGUAUUGCCAGAGCAGACACUAGCAUGAGCGGUGUAGCUUUAAGCACCGCGGCAGGUUUUGGUAAAUAUUUAAGUCCGCAAAAGAAAAUGAUGUUUCCAAUAGAAGGAAGUAAUCCAGAAGUUGCGGGUAGCCAUCUUUGCACAUAGUUUGGGUGUGAUUAUUUUAUUAUGAAGGCUGAUUACAACCAAAUGAUUAUUGUUAUGUCUUUUGUGAAUAUUAAGAUGAACAUACGUGUGUAAUUUAAACUGUGAAAAUGACAAGAUUGAGGUAAUUUAACAUGGUGCAUUACACUAAAUUUAUCCGUUACUGACACUGAACAAAGGUGUGCGCGUGUGUGAGAUUAAUACAAAUCUUCCAUUUAUUAUUGAUUUAUUUACACUUGCAGCCAAGUGAAUAUUAUAUGGCAAUUUCUCAGGAAAAAUGUGUCACAUGUUAUACUGUAUAUGUGUGUUAUUUUCUAUGCACUUUUUCUUCCUUGUCAGUCCUUUCAACUGAUGAAUCAUUAAAAUAUGUGGCCUCUAUUCAUAGCGUACC